UCUUGCACAAGCGCAUUCAGGAGGUUAGUACACCAACAGACGCCAACCCCAGGCCUCCCAGAGAAGUUCCAUCACCGCAGUCCCAGACAAGACCCUUAUCUUCUUUAUUUCGUAAGCUCACAAGACGCACUACUAAUAUUCCCUCGCAACAAUAGCUUGAAACACAACUUGAGGCUCAAGAGAACGAGCGGUCGAAAUCUCAACGCUCUGUUCGCAAUGUGGAUCGAACUGUGAAGGAUCUUCAGUCUCAAAUUGAGCGAAAAGACAAGCAGGCAGUACAAUUAAAUGAUGAUGUAACCCGACUACGCGACAGGGUCGAGAAGCUGCUGAAGACAAUUGAUGAGCUCCAAGCUAGUGAGAGCGAUGUCCAAUUGUCGGCUCGUAGGGCUGAACGAGAGUUGAGGGAAGAAAAGGAGAAAACCCUACGCCUAGAGCGUGAGCUGGAAGGCUGGAAGCACUUAAGGAUGGAAAAAGGUAGUGUAAAUGGCGGUAGUGUACGACUUAGCACACCUAAUUUGGAGGGCACAAGACGUCUGAGCGCAUGGAGGAACGGAACUGGAACGAGUGGAGGCGACGGAGACGAUACGAGUAGUCUCAGUGGAACAGGAAUUGAGGUGCCGAAACGAAAAAGCAGUCUCGGACGAAAGCCAAGUCUGACCAAGGGCUUUUUAUAAGGCACGAAGUGGAGUUAUAGGAGACUUUUGGGCCAUUAAUCAUGUAUCAACGACUGCCCGGCGUUUACGUGUAUCUUUUUUUUUUGGAAUUACAUCUAUUAAUUAUGAUAAUGCAUCGAAAUGAGGACGCGGGAUAAGUAAAUAAUGUUAACACAUCGAGCAUACUAUAUUUCUCAUGCAUUCGCGCC